CAAAAAAAAAAACAAAAAUUUUCCCUCCUCAUAUAUUCUUUAAUUUGACAUAAAAAUAUCCCAAAUCCACUAUUUCUGUUUUUAUUUUGAUCCAUUAUUUGGUCAGUUCUUGAUUUUUCUGUAAAAAAAAAAUGGCUCAAUUGUUGUCACCUGUUUGUACAGAUUCACUAAAAUUACAGAACACAGUUCAGUGUUUCUAUACAAGAAGUAAACUUCCAAUUUUGGGUAAUAAUUUUAGCUCAAUGGGUGUUUUUGGAAAGAAGAGAGGAGGAUUAGGGAGAAUUAAAGUUGCUUAUCAAGAUUCUGCUGCUGCAUCUGAGGAAAUUGCUGAUGAUUUUUAUGCUGUUUUGGGUUUGCUUCCUGAUGCUACACCUGCUCAAAUAAAGAAGGCAUACUAUAGUUGCAUGAAAGCUUGCCAUCCAGAUUUGAGUGGUGAUGAUCCCGAGACCACAAAUUUUUGCAUGUUUAUCAAUGAGGUCUAUGAGAUUCUUAGUGAUCCAGUGCAAAGGAGAGUUUAUGAUGAGAUCCAUGGGUACACAGCCACAGCAAUUAACCCUUUCCUGAGCGAUUCAUCGCCGAAAGAUCAUGUAUUUGUUGACGAGUUUAGCUGCAUUGGCUGCAAAAAUUGUGCCAAUGUUUGCUCAAAAGUGUUUGGGAUUGAGGAAGACUUUGGAAGAGCUAGAGUUUACGAUCAAUGUGGACACCCUGAUUUAAUUCAACAAGCUAUAGAUAGCUGCCCAGUGGAUUGCAUACAUUGGACUUCUGCUGCACAGCUGUCUUUGCUUGAGGAUGAAAUGCGAAGAAUAGAAAGAGUAAAUGUUGCCUUGAUGCUAUCAGGAAUGGGCAGUGGAGCCAUGGAUGUAUUCAGAAUGGCGAGCACACGGUGGGAAAAACGACAAUCUAAAGUUCUGGAACAAGCUAAAGUCAGAAUGAUGAAGAAGAAAAAUUCUGAGAAAACUGAAUCAUACUGGGAUAACCUAUGGGGCGAUCGUAAAGACUACACAAAGACAGAGGAGGAAGUGGAAGAUAGAUCAAAACGAGCUGCAGCAGCUGCUCGAAAAUGGAGAGAGUACUCAAGGAGAGGUGCUGACAAACCUCCUACCUUUAAACUUCCCGAGGCCAUCUCUAAUGACAAUUGACAUAUACUUCCUAACCGACUUUGCAGUGCACGGUACAUGCAUCUCCCUUUGUAAAAUAUGGUACAUUUAGAUAUAGUAUAUUCGUUAUUAGUCAUGGUUCCUUCCCAUAUCAAUGUAAUUAUAUAGCUAAAAAUUGACCUCGGGUACAUCUAUCUGUAUGUAAGAUCAUUCAUAAUUCAAUAAAAGUUGUAUGGAGAAAACAAUUAUUCAACCUGUGUA